AUGUUGAGUAGUACUUACUUUACUUUUGCUACAAUUCUGAGUUUGAAAACCAUGAAGCACAAAAUCAGUACAAGUGCACAAACUAGUCGAGCACAGAAGAUGACUUUUGUACAAGUUAUUCUGAUAAGUUCGAUUAAUGCGGUUGCAGCGGCUAUUUAUGUUUACAUGCAAUUUGCCCGAAUAAGUGAAGUACUUAUUCUGACUGGGCAGUUUACUUGGAUGCUCGCCCAUGGUAAGACAUUGGGUAUUGGAAUUUGA